GAGGGAGGGCAGCCGGCGCGGCGCGGGAACCGCGACCUGCCGAAAACCGACGAGGCGAGCGAGGGAGGGAAAAGCGAGGAGGCGGCGAGCGCGAGCGAAUCACCUCACCCGUCCCGUCCCGUCCCGUCCUCCGCCCGCCCCGCCCCGCCCCGUUGUUACUGCUCCACGCUGCGACGGAGUGUCUCACUGCCAGUCAGUCAGUCCCCAGCUUCCUCCAAAUCUACCCCGUCCCACUCCCACCUCGCCUCCCCCGCCUUCAUCAUUCCUUGCUUCCUCGCCCGCUCGCUCCCUCCCCUUCGCGAGAUCCCCAUCCCCAUCCGCGCCCCUCUUCCAUGCCGCACUAGCGAGCGACCGAGCCAGCAGCCGACGCGCGAGAUCCAGCGCCGCACCCUAGGUGCUUGGCGGAAUGUCCCACCGCCCGCCGGCGCCAAUGCCGGACACCCUCUCCGACGCCUUCGCCGCCGCCGUCCUCCUCUCCUCCACCGACAAGCCCGACACGCUCCCGCCAGGCAGGCUCUCGCCGGUCUCCCCGCUCCCGCACUCCUCCAAGCUCCCCACCCCGAGCUCCUCCUCGGGCUCCUCCGGCUCCGUCUCCGUCUCCAGGGCCCCCCUCGCGCCCGCCUCGGGCCUCGCCUCGCGUAGGAGCCACUCUGGCGAGAUCCCGCUCCCCUCGGACGCCCCUCCCCGCGGGGCGCGCCCGGGCCACCGCCGCACCGGCUCCGGGCCCCUCAUCUUCACCUCCGGCACCAGCGCCUGCUCCAGCUCCGCCACCUCGCCGCUCACCAACGCGCUCCCGGCGGGGAACAUCUAUCCCUCCGGUCGGCUCACCAAGCCGCUGCCCUCGUCCUGCUCCGCGGCCACCCCGCCGCCCCCGCCGCGCGCCACCCGACACGACGUGCUCGGCUCGGGCACCGCCAACUACGGCCAUGGGAGCAUCGUGCGCUCGCGCUGCGGGGGCGCCGCGCCCUCCACCGAGGAGGACGCGAUGGUCAUGCGGGCCAUGUCGGUCGCCGACCGGGAGGAGGUCAAGAGGGCCGGGAACGAGCAGUACAAGAAGGGUUGCUUCGAGGAGGCGUUGAGGCUGUACGACCGCGCGCUCGCCAUGUGCCCCGACAAUGCCGCGUGCCGGGGCAACCGCGCCGCCGCGCUCAUUGGGCUCCGCCGCCUCGGUGAGGCCGUCAAGGAGUGCGAGGAGGCUCUGCGGAUUGAUCCUUCGUACGGCCGCGCACACCAGCGACUCGCUUCCCUGCAUAUAAGGCUAGGACACAUCGAGGAUGCUCUGAGGCACCUCUCCCUGGUGACCCCGCAGCCUGAUCUCCUAGAGUUGCACAGACUGCAAACAGUGGAAAAGCACUUGGGGAGAUGUGUGGAUGCACGAAAGGUUGGUGACUGGAAGAGUGUUCUAAGGGAAAGCAAUGCUGCUAUUGCGGCCGGAGCUGACUCCUCUGCUCUGCUGUUGGCUGCUAGGGCAGAAGCUCUUCUCCGGCUCAAUCAUAUUGAUGAGGCUGAUCUGGCUAUCACAAGUGCCUCCAAGUUUGAUUAUUCAUCUUCAUGCUCCCCAGACACCAAAUAUUGUGGGUUCCUCGCCAAUGCAUACCUCUUUUAUGUACAUGCCCAAGUUGACAUGGCAUUGGGAAGGUUUGACCAUGCGGUCUCUUCCGUAGAUAAGGCCAGGAUAAUAGAUCCCGGAAACACUGAAGUGGUAACUAUGCACAACAAAGUGAAAGCUGUGGCUAGAGCACGAUCUCUAGGGAAUGAGCUCUUCAAUUCUGGAAAUUUUUCGGAUGCUUGCUUAGCUUAUGGUGAAGGGCUCAAGCAACACCCUGUGAAUUCAGUCCUGUACUGCAAUAGGGCAGCUUGCAGGUUCAAUCUAGGGCAGUGGGAGAAGUCCAUUGAGGAUUGCAAUGAAGCUCUCAAGAUUAAACCCAACUAUAGCAAGGCUUUGCUCAGGCGUGCAGCUUCCUAUGGCAAGAUGGAGCGAUGGGUGGAAGCUGUAAAGGAUUAUGAGGUUCUCAGAAAGGAACUUCCAGGUGACACAGGGGUUGCUGAAGCCUAUUUCCAUGCCCAGGUUGCUCUCAAGUCAUCUCGAGGUGAGGAAGUAUCCAACAUGAAGUUUGGAGGAGAGGUUGAAGCAAUUACAGGAAUGGAACAAUUCCAGAUGGCUACAUCUUUGCCAGGGGUUUCAGUCGUCCAUUUCAUGACACCUUUAAAUCAGCAGUGCUGCAAAAUCUCCCCAUGUGUGAACACACUGUGUACCAGAUACCCAUCUGUCAAUUUCCUCAAGGUCGAUGUAAAUGAGAGCCCUGCCGUUGCACGUGCUGAAAACGUAAGGACAAUUCCAACGUUCAAAAUCUACAAAAAUGGUGUUAGAGUGAAAGAGAUGAUCUGCCCCAGCCAGCAGCUGCUGGAAUAUUCAGUGAGGCAUUAUGGGAUUUAGGCCAUGAAGCCAGUGAUUUGAUGUUUCCGUACGCCUCCAGCGUCCCUGGAGCCAGCGCAGGCUUAGCCGGAGCAGAGUCAGCGAAUGAAAAGCGAAGAUCAACUUUUUCCCGACCUUUUCUGUCCUACAACCCUUACAUUUCCACCCAUUUCUCCAUUUGCUGAUUACCUACCCAAUUUAUUCUUUUCAUCUGUUUCGUCCGUACAUCAUUGUUGCGAAAUUCCUCGUCAUCUCCUGAUUCAUGUGAAGAACGACUGUAAAUUUGUUACUUCCAUGUUUACCAGACAACCAAGGAAAGAAAGGUAUAGAUUGCAUUUGUACUCUCGGUUCAGUUAUGUAAUAUGGAAGUAUAGGACCCCCAUUAUCUUU